AUGGAAAAUAAACUAAGGAAUGAAACCAAAGAGAAAUAUAAAAAGACCAAAAUAAGGAACCUGGAUAAGAAUUGGCUCUUUGGUAUUGAUACAAGCAGCGUAUCACUCAGUCAGUCUCAUUCCGAGACACAGAAACAGCAUCAGAAUGUCACUGAGAACAUUUUCAUCAGGCAAGAGAGCUCUGAAUCAGAAAAGGAACCGAGAACAGUUCAGCCGCCUCGUAGAACCAAAGUCAGCCUGAAAUACAUUCAGAAGCCCAAGAAACGUGGUGUAUCAUUUUCAAAGAGAAAGAAAGGAGUAAUAAAGAAGUUAGAUGAAUUGAAUGUGUUAACCAGGGCAGAAAUCAUGCUGGUAAUAGCAAAUGAGAGUGGACGAGUAUACACGUAUGCGACAGAUAAGCUAAAAGUGAUACUGAUUAGACAGGAAGACAUGAUCAAGGAGUUGUUGGAUGUAUCAAGUGAGAUAGUGGAAGAAGAGUGA